AGUCGCGGCGAAUAACCGAAUCUGUGUCCUUUCCUGUGUGACUCUGCACUCACUCACUCACUCACUCCACACUCUCUCUGCUUCACACCGCACUCUCUCCUGUGCGCUUCUCUGCUCUGCCAACUCUGAGAUCUCAAAAACUCGUUACCCAUAUCUAUACGACACCGUUUCGAUCCCAAGCUCAUUCACAUCUUCUUUGUGACAACUUACUACAUUUCUGCCUCCCAAAACAACAACCUCCGACUUUUCCGAAAUGGGUUGCGCACAGUCCCGAAUAGACAACGAGGAAUCCGUGUCACGCUGUAAGGACCGCAAGAACUUGAUGAAGGACGCCGUCGUGGCUCGCAACGCCUUCGCCGCCGGCCAUUCUGGUUACGCCGUCGCACUCAAGAACACCGGCGCCGCCCUCAGCGACUACGCCCUCGGCGAGACACACGACCCCCACCCUCCACCGCCCCUCGACCCUCCCACCGUCACCGCUGGCCCUCCACCGCCACCCCCGCCGCCCAUCGAGGACUCCCUUCCUCCCCCGCCCCCGCCGCUCCCCGAGUUCUCCCCUGUACCGCUCACGCGCGCCGCCACCAUGCCCGCUGGCGCCAUGCACCACAGCAGCCCCGUUCCGCUCACCAUCGCCGAGGAGGAGGAAGAAGAAACCCCCAAGCUGGUGAAGAAAACCGCCGGAUCCUUGUCGCCGGAGAUGAAGACACCUCCGCCGCCGAUGCCGGAGUCUAAGGGCAUGGCUUGGGAUUAUUUCUUCAUGGUGGACAACAUGCCUGGAGCUUCUCUCAAUGCUGAAGAUGAUGAUGAUGAUGAUAAUAACGAUAAUGAUGAUAAUGGUGAUAUUGAGGGUAAAAUGGCGAAUGUGGUUGAAGACGAGGUUGAGCCUAAAACUCCAGAGAAAGUGCAGGAACAUGUAAAUGAAAACAUUCAUGAAGAGCAUGAUGAGAUAAGUGAGGCAAAGAUGCACAUUGAGCAUUCUAAAACUGCUCCAGCUGAGUUUAGGAGAGCAAUAAAGGUGGUUCCUUCCGUUACUCUGAUGCAGAUUCUCAGUGUCCUUGAUGAUCACUUUCUGAAGGCUUCCGAGAGUGCUCAAGAAGUUACCAAGAUGCUUGAGGCUACUAGGUUGCAUUAUCAUUCCAAUUUUGCUGAUAAUCGCGGGCACAUUGAUCAUUCUGCUAGGGUUAUGCGCGUCAUAACUUGGAACAGGUCGUUCAAAGGUGUGUCCAAUGGGGAUGCUGGGAAAGAUGAUAUUGAUUCCGAAGAGUAUGAAACUCAUGCCACUGUUUUGGACAAGUUGCUGGCCUGGGAAAAGAAACUUUAUGAAGAGGUCAAGCAAGGUGAGCUAAUGAAGUUCGAGUAUCAGAGAAAAGUUGCAAUUCUAAACAAGCAGAAGAAGCGUGGUGCCAGCGCUGAAUCCUUGGAAAAAACUAAAGCAGCCGUUAGUCAUUUGCACACAAGAUAUAUUGUUGACAUGCAAUCCAUGGACUCAACAGUUUCAGAAGUGAACCAGAUUCGAGAUGCUCAGCUGUAUCCAAAACUUGUGGCUCUUGUUAUUGAGAUGGCAAAUAUGUGGGAACAUAUGUGCACAUAUCAUGACAGCCAGCUGAAAAUAGUUACGGACCUCAAAUCUCUUGAUAUUUCUCAAGCUCCCAAGGAAACAACAAAGCAUCAUUACGAACGCACUUUGCAACUUUGGAAUGUCGUCCAAGAAUGGCAUUUACAAUUUGAGAAGCUUGUGACUCAACAAAAGCAUUACAUAAAAGCUCUUAACAGUUGGCUAAAAUUAAAUCUCAUCCCUAUUGAAAGCAACCUUAAAGAGAAAAUAUCAUCGCCCCCUAAAGCGCAGAAUCCGCCAAUCCAAUACCUUCUCCACGCGUGGCAUGAUUAUGUUGACAAGCUUCCUGAUGAGCUUGCCAAAUCUGCUAUUUCCUCCUUUGCUGCUGUGAUAAAGACCAUCAUACUUCAGCAGGAAGAAGAGAUGAAGUUGAAGGAGAGGUGUGAGGAAACCAGAAAGGAAUACUUAAAGAAAAAACAAGCCUUUGAGGAAUGGUACCAGAAGCAUUUACUGCGGAAGGGGCCUGAAGAAGCAGAACAUGAAAGGGGAGAGGAAGUGAACACCAACAACCCUGUCUCGGAUAGACAAUUUGUCGUUGAGAGCUUGCAGAAGAAAUUAGAAGAAGAAAUUGAAUCUCACCAAAAACAUUGUGUUCAGGUGCGAGAGAAAUCACUACAGUGUUUCAAAACUCGCUUGCCUGAACUCUUCCGUGCUUUAUCAGACUAUUCUCAUGCCUGUUUUGAUGCUUAUGAGAAACUGAAGUCAAUAACACAGUCACGGGGUGGUGGGGCAUGAAAAAUUAAGUUUUUUGAUCCACUUUUGUGAAGAUUAGUUUAUGUAUUCCGAACCUAUUUAGUGUGUUAUUGUCCUCACACUAGAAGGCAUUCAUAUUUUAGCUUGACGUGCAGAAUUAUCAAUCUUGUGUGAAAAUUUUGUCAUAGCUUUUAAAGUUCUAA